AUGGCAGAAGAAAUUAUUAGUCGUGCAGAUGCUUUGCAUUUGAAUCGUGAAUACGCUACAAUCUAUACAUUGUUGGAGGAGGCACACCAAACCUACCCAGAUAACGUUGAAAUUUCAUGGCGUCUAGCUCGUUCCUACUACGACAAGAACGAAGAGGUCGCCGACAAGGCACAAAAGUUGGAGUUGCUCAACAAAGCAAUGGCACUCAUCAACGAGUCGCUCGCCAAGAACGAACAACACUGGGCUCUCCACAAGUGGUGGUCUAUCAUCACCAGUGGUCUCGGUGACCAUCUCUCGGCCAAGGAGAAGAUUGCCAACGCCUACAAGAUCAAGGAGCACGCUCUCCGUUCGCUCGAGUUGAAGCCCGAAGAUCCAACCACUCUCCAUUUGCUCGGUCGUUGGUGUUUCAGCGUUGCCAACAUCGGUUGGGUAGAGCGUGCCGCUGCCUCUGCUCUCUUUGGUACUCCACCAACUGCCACCUUCCAAGAGGCUUUGGACUACUAUAUCCGUGCUGACAAGGCCGAUCCCACUUUGAUCCGUAAUUCACUCUCCAUUGCCGACACCUACGCAGCAUUGAAGGACAACGCCAGUGCCAAAGAAUGGUAUGUCAAAGUAUCAAAGAUGGAUGCCAAGUCUGAUUUCGAAAAGAAUUUGGUUGCCGAGGCUUUGAAGAAAUCAAACAAUUGUUAUUUAAUAACAAUGAUGAUGUUGGUUAUUAUGAGAUUUUUAUUGGUAGUACCUUUUUCACUACAAGUCAAUACAUAUAGUUUCGAUCAUAAUAGACCAAUCGUUACAAACGAUAUCAAUUCACUGCGAGAAGAAUAUGACAAUAUUCUUAGUCAAUUAAAUAGUUAUAAUCUCAAUGACUAUCUUUAUCAACAGAAUCUCUGGGACAUUGUAAACAGAUUAAAUAAUUUACAAUAUAAAUCAACAAAUAAUUCAAUUACAUUAGAUUGGUAUUCAAGUAUUGAAUCAAAUAUAGUAGAUAGUAAUAAUAAUAUUAAUAUUAAAAAUGAUAAUAAUAGUAGUAAUAAUAAUUUUGAAAAUGAUAAACAACAACUACUUAAUUUGGAAAAUGAAAUGAGUAAAAAGAAAUUAAAAAUAGUGUUGGUCGUUAACUUUGAGGGUAUGGCAUACUAUACUUCGCUGGCCAAAGCGAGUGGACAACACUUCCAACGCUCGAAAAUUGUCGUUGGAUUGCACGGACCGUCCUCAUGGGUAAUCCAGUCAAACACUCAGAAUAAACCAACGCUCGAAUCCGAGUUUGAACUCGACUACAUGGAGAGAAAGAGUGUUGAGCUGGCCGAUGUCGUUUGGACGCCAUCCACCUACAUUGUCAAUUGGCUGAGAAAACAAGGUUGGACCAUUUCACCCGAUAAAUUGGCACUGCUUUCUUUCUUGUCCCCAAGUGUUAUAAGUGGAGAUAACGUAAACAACAAGAACAAGGAAGAUGAAGUAGAUAGUCAAAUUCAACAACACCAAUCUUUUUCUUCUCCAAUUGAAGAGUUUGUAUUCUUUGGUAGAUUGGAACAAAGAAAAGGUGUUAUUCUGUUAACCUCAACCAUCAAAGGUGAAUCCUCAAUCGGUUACAUCAGAAAGCGUGCUCUCCAAUGGCCAUUCGCAGUCUCAUUCAUCUCUGACAAGACAUCUAAUGAAGCAUUAGAUUAUCUAGUGAAAUCUCCAGCUCGUUUAGCUAUUAUCCCAUCACUUGAAGAUAAUGCUCCAUAUACAUUAUAUGAAUGUUUAUAUAAAUCGAUUCCAGUGAUUGCAAGUUCCACUGCAUCUAUGAUUCCAUUGGUGGACAAACGAGACCGUGACUCUGUAUUGUUUGACACCAAACCACAUCUUCUCUUUAGAAAGUUGUUGAGUUCCAUCAAAAAGGGUGUAGUUAUUGCAAGACCAACUUUUUCUGCAUCACAUUCUUUGGAUACAUGGUCAUCUUUCUAUACUGAGCUUGAACAACAACAACAACUAAAACAAUCGCAAUUAAAUAUUGUUUUAAAUCAUUCAACAACGACCAAUACUCAAUCAACAUCCAAUCAACCUUUGGUAUCAGUUUGUAUUGUACAUUUCAAUCGUCCUACUCUUUUGAAACAAGCACUACAAUCGAUUGAUAAACAAAACUAUGGAAAUUACGAAGUGAUUCUUGUUGAUGAUGGAAGUAAUACAACUGAAGCACUCAGCUAUCUCAAAUCACUCGAGUCGCAAUUCAAGAAACGUCAUUGGAAGUUGAUAAGAACUGCCAACCGGUAUCUUGGUGCUGCCAGAAACACAGCUGUUCGUGAGGCAUCCGGUGAAUAUAUCUAUUUCUUGGAUGAUGAUAAUGCCGCUUAUCCCAAUGCUUUGGCUACCUAUGUGAAGGUGGCAAUGCACACCAAUGCCGAUGUAGUUACUUCGCCACAUUCCAUCAUCACCACCACCAACACACCAACGGAUCACACACCAAUUCAACGCCAAUGGAUUCCUCUCGGUUCUUCACUGUCAGUCGGUCUGUUUAAGAAUUGUUUCGGUGAUGCCAACUUCUUUAUUCGUCGCGCCACCUUCAAUGCAAUCGGUGGAUUCACCGAAGAGUAUGGAGUCGGUCUCGAAGACCACGAGCUUCUCGCCAAGUUGGUUAUCCACGGCUACAAACUGGCAAUUGCAACCGAUCCACUUUUGUACUAUAGAAUACACGAUCGUCAAGGUCAGAUGGUGUACAACACCGAUCACAAGUUGAAUCAAAUGAGAUACAUCCGUCCCUACCAAAAGUUCCUGUCCGAUGCCAAACCCGUCAUGAAGCUGUUGGCUCGUAACAAAAUGGUUGAGAAAACAAUGGAGACAUGUAAUAUAACGUUGACAGGCAUUAGUCCACCUUCUGGUCCAAUGACAGGUGGCAACCAGAUCACCAUUGAAGGUACCGGAUUCAACUGUCCCAUCCAGGCGGUCUUUAUAGGUGGACAGCAAUGUCAGGCGAUGAACGUCGAUGCCAACACCAACCGAAUCACUUGCAAUGUUCCAAGAGGUAACACACCGCUUCCCACCGAUGUAAAUGUCAUGUCUUCACAAGGUAGAAACUACACACUACACAGUGGUUACACGUACGUCUCGCUGUCUGCUCCACAAGUCCAAACCUGUACGAUCAACGCCGUGGGAACGACUAUCCAAUGUACAUUCACACCGGAAACCAAUGUAAAACCAAGAACUUGUGAACAAUAUCUGACUGCUUCCACCCUCAGAAGAUUGGGAGAAGAUCCAACCUGUAGCUGGACAGAUCCAAAGACACUGACUAUCACACUCGGACAUGCCUCCACCACUGAAAUCGGUGAUAUCAUUGAAUUCAAUGCAGGAUCGAUUGAGUCGGUCGGUGGUGAACCAAAUAACCGUGAAUCGAUUCAGCUUACAUCGUUGGGUACUCUCAUCCCGGUUGCAACCAUUAAAGCACCAGAAGACAUUGGUCCUUGUGACGAGCUGCUUCUGGACGGUUCCUACUCUGAGAAUGGCGCAGGAUCAACUCGUGGACUUACCUAUGAAUGGAGUGUCUAUCAAGCUGCAUCACACGUCAACGAGUUGAUUGAACUCCUACAGAAUUCACACGGCGCCAAAGUGAGAAUUAGCAAUCGAACUCUUGAUAUUGGGGCAUCGUAUUCCUUCCAACUGAAAGUAACAAACAUCCAAGGAAAAUCGCACAGCACCACUACCACCGUCUACAAAAAAGCAGUGGACGUUGUCAUUGUCAAGAUCUUUGGUCCGAACAAACUCACCGUGCCAGCGAGGAAUCUUGCAAUCGAAGGUUUGGCGACCUACACUGGUUGUGAAGCCAAGAACAACGCCGAUAGCAUUGUCGACUACCAAUGGAGUGUAUCGCCACAGUUCCCACUAGACCAGGGAACCGCCACCUCUAGAAAUCUCUAUGUUAGCUCCGACUCUUGGAUUGCUGGAACCACUUAUGUAUUCACUUUGACCGCUACCAUCGGAAGAAAAUCGUCGUUCGCCUCCAUUGAAGUAUAUGUUUCCAAAGGACCGAUCUAUGCCGUUAUCACUGGUGGUGAUAAGACAUAUGGACAGAAUCAAUUGGUGACCCUCGAUGCAUCGAAUUCAAGAGAUCCCGACGGCAAUGAUACUACUCUCUCGUUUAAAUGGCAGUGUAGUCCAGUGCAAUUCGAUAAGCAUUGUGGUAUUGAAAUACCCGAUGAAUCGGUUAUCACUUUCAAUGCAACCGAUUUGAAGCCUGGAAAGUAUAUUUUUCAAGUGGAUGUAUCGCCAGAUGAUGAUUCCUCUCGGGCAUCUUCUGCCAUCACGUCAAUCGUUAUCACUAGCGGUGGUUUCAUUGAGGUGGAAAUCAACAAGACAGCGCUCCCAGUGUUUAUAGAUCCCGGUCAAAAGAUUGUGUUGCGUUCCAUCCUCAUCAACAAUCACAUUCCGCUGGAGCAACUGGUUUGGUCUUGGACUUUGGAUAGUGGAACGUUGGCAGUCGACGAAUCCGAUGCCUAUUCAACACCUACCAACAUGCGGAAUUUGGCAUUCAAAUCGGGAGCGUUGGCAGGUGGAACACUGUAUACCUACACCGUUCAUGUUGUCGACUCACUUACCAAUAUCACUGGUGAAGCAUCGAUUACUUUCAGAACUGAAGCCAGACCUUCAGGUGGAAAAAUCAAUUGCUACACUCAGAAAGGAUCCAUUUUCGAUAAAUACACUAUCGAUAUGGGUCGUAGCUGGGGUGCCGCUGCCGGAAUCAUUGGAUAUAGUUUCACCUAUCGUGUUGACAACGAUCCCGAAGAGUUCCCACUUGGCGAUCGUUCAAUGGUGAGUCAAAUCACUACGUUCUUGCCACCUGGCAAAAUUAAGGUGAUGGGAUACGCACUGAGUGGAAACGGUGUGGCUGCUUCCUCUUCGUGUUUAAUCCAUGUGGAUGCACCUUCCAACGACGACACCGAGAGAAUCAUUGAGUUCAUUUCAACUAUAAUGGAAAGUCCAACACUUACACUCUAUGAAAUCUCAUUCUCGCUGCGUUUGGGUAAUGUCUUACUGCCGGCUGUCUCCAACAAAAAUGGAAAAGCUGUAUCGAAUGCUCAGGUUGCCGAGAAGGUGUCUGGAUUCAAAACCACUGCAAUCGAUAUCCUCAACGAGCAAGUUGUCUCCAAUGACUCACGUAUCACAACGGAACGUGUCACAUCAAUGAUAGAUAUCCUGAAUACCGCAACGGAAACACGUCAGAUUCUUCGUCCCAAUAUAUUGGCCAGUGCAAUGGGUGUGAUGAAAUCACUAUCUAAAGGAUUCCUUGAGAAUCCGGUACUGCCAACCGGCAUCAACUCUUCGAUCUCCGUAGUUGGUAAUAUCAAUCAUCAGGUGAAUCGUCAACUUCACAAUAUCGAUCCGGCAAUGAAGGUCUCGGUUAAAACGAUUAGUCUGGACUUGGAUUUGGUUGCUCAUCAGAUUGCCAAUGCUCUAUUGUUCCGUGCAUCCAGUGGUGAAGAAGCGACAAUCAUUUCCAAACAGGGUGUUACCAUCUCCACUUUCAAACAAGAUCCUUUGCAUUUCAAAAAGAACGGUGCCGUUGCAGCUGGUAUCACUGGAGAUCCUACUUUUACUAUUCAACCCGAUGCUCUUUCCAAGGUAAUUGCUCAGUACACAUCACAUCAGGAGAUUGGUGUAAAGUAUAUUACAUUCCCUGGAAAUCCACACUUCAAUACCAAGUUGGAGAGUGACAAGAAGUUCCUAAGUAAGAAUACGUUCUCGUUGGAUUUGGUCAGUGAUGAAAUGAAGGAGAUUGGAGUCAAAGGACUGCUGGAACCAAUCGGAAUCGACUGUGGAAAUACAUUUGAUCCCGAUGACAAUCACGAAUGUGUCUGGUGGGAUAAGAACAAACAGCGAUGGAGUGACGAAGGUUGUGUUACUAUCAAACGUGAUACCAAUUUUGCUGUUAUUGGACGUGGUAAAUCUGUAUCGGACUGGACCAGAGUUGCAGUUAUUGUUGGCUCUGUUGUUGGUGCCGCACUUGUAGCAGGUCUCCUAGUUGGUAUGUUUGUAGUUGUCCGUCGAAGAAGAGCUGCCAAGAAGCGUACCACCAAAGACAAAGCCAAAGAUCAAAAGAAAAAGAAAGAAGACCAAAAGAAGAAAGGAAAGGAAAAAGAUGAUUCAACCGCCAAGCAAAGUGGAGAAGCUGAAGGAGAAGAAAGUGGAGAUAAAGGACAAUCUUCAUCAUCAACCUCAAAAUCAAAGAAAAAGAAGAAACUCGGCAAGAAAGAAGCAGCUGAAGAAAAAACUGACACUCUCAAUGUUCCAGUGGUCGAUGGCUCCAAGAAGAAGGAAAGAAUAGAACAAUCGUUUGGUGACGAGAAUGACAAUGAAUUCAUUUUGAAUGAAUUCAAAGAGAUCUACGAAGUCGUUAAGAAGCGUGAGUUGGAGAGUGCAGCCUCUAAGAAGAUACCGUUGUCACCGUUGACCGCCACCGAUGGAACAGCGACCACCGAGAACAGUCCAACCACUUCGAUGCCAUCGUAUGAAACAUCACCAACUCAGUACGGUCCCUACUCAGACAGACACAGUCAAGCUGCAUCUGCAAUGCAGAGAGCUUGGCGAUCGAAACAACAUCUCCGUCAACUCAAGAGAGAGCUCGAAGUCGAGGAACUGGUUGAGAACAUUGAUGAUCUAUUGGCCGAUGAAACAGCCGAUCCAUUCGAAGACAAUGAUUAUGAAGCUGGUGAUGACUAUGAAGAUAACAGUGCCAAUCAGGCUUAG